CCCAUUCAUGUGUUUGAUCGCAUCAUUACACAGCACCCGCCCAUUGCCAGUUUUGCAGAGCAUCCAAAAUGCCAAAGGCUACAUGCUCCCUCUGAUGUCACGGGGGCGAAAACCUGCUCAGUCGCCACGUGUUGGACGGUGCAUGGCUAGCAGCUCCUUUCCAGGCGUAGAUUGGUGGAAGGCAUUUGGUACAAGGGCUUCCAAGGAAGGGGUAAGGCGGGGAACGCGUGUCAUGGACGAGGGCACGCCAUGGCCGUGCGCGCACACGCAAUGACAGGACUGGCUCGGCCGGACUGGUCACAUUCACGGCGCGACAUACAGUCAUGACAACUGCUGCCCCAGAACCGUCUUGUGUUCAAAUGGAGUACCGGAGACUCGGCAACACCGGUCUCAAGGUCAGCGCGCUGUCGUACGGGGCCUGGACCACCUUCAAGACGCAGGCCGACCUCAAGCAGGCCAAAGAGAUGAUCCGGGCGUGUGUGGACGCCGGCGUCAACUUUUUUGACAAUGCGGAGGUAUAUGCGGACGGCGAGGCCGAGGUGAUCAUGGGGCAAGCCAUCAAGGAGUUGGGCCUGAAGCGCUCGGACCUGGUAUUGUCCACCAAGAUCUUCUGGGGCGGCCCGGGGCCCAACGACCGCGGCCUCAGCCGCAAACACGUCAUCGAGGGCACCCAGGCGGCGCUGUCACGGCUACAGACCAGCUACGUGGACUUGCUGUUCUGCCACCGCCCCGAUCCCGACACGCCCAUCGAGGAGACUGUUCGCGCCAUGAACCACUGCCUGGACCGCGGCUGGGCCCUGUACUGGGGAACGUCCGAGUGGUCAGCCGAGCAGAUCAAGCAGGCUCGGGCCAUCGCCGUCCGCCUGGGGCUGCAGCCGCCCGUCAUGGAGCAGCCCGAGUACAACCUGUUCGAGCGGCACAAGGUGGAGUCCGACUACGCGCCCCUGUACGACUCCGAGCCCGGGCUGGGACUGACGGUGUGGAGUCCCCUGGCCUCGGGCAUCCUCACCGGCAAGUACGGCGGCGGCGGCGGCGGUACGGCGGCGCCGGCUGGCAGCCGCCUGUCUAUGGAGGAACACAAGGCCAAGCUUGACAGCCGCGCUCACCACAUCGCCGCUGCGGAGCGCCUCAAGCCCCUGGCUGCCGAGCUGGGCUGCAGCCCCGCACAGCUGGCGCUGGCGUGGACGCUGACCAACCCACGCGUCAGCACCACCAUAACGGGUGCCAGCAAGGUCGAGCAGGUUCGGGACAACAUGGGGGCUCUGGCGGUGCUGCCUAAGCUGACGCCGCAGCUGGUGCAACGACUGGAGCACGAGAUUGCGCAGGCGCUGGUGGAGGCCGAGCAGGCCAAGUGAGGGACACUGGAACAGCAGCAGGGGCAGGCGUCCGGUCAGGAGGCCAAACAGCAGUAGCAGGCUGGCAGCGCCGUGGGGCGUAACAUUAUUGGAUUGGGGGUCAUUGGGGCUGGACGGGUAGGGUGCUGAGGUAGGGGGGGGGGGCAGCUGUGCAAGGCAGGUUGCAGAAGCGGCGUUGGCUGCAUGAAAGGCGGUAGUGGCGCCGAGGAACGCAGGCGAGGUGCCGUUUUGAAUCAGGUCCGCAAAUCUCACGGCAUGUGUGGCCGUCCAUGGAAGGCGAGCGGAAGGGUCCUGUUUGCCGUUGCUGUUGUUUCGUUUCGUAACUCUUGUUGUGUACGGUACCGUAAUGUAAGCUUUAGACCUA